AUGACCAGCGGAGCCAAACGUUCUUUCUUCACGAAGCCAGCUUGGGCUGCGCCGACAACCUCUAAGCCAUCGGAGAAAGAGUCCUCCGUCUUCGGGCGCACCGAUAUUUACCGCGACAUCCUUCAGGCCGAGCAGGAGAAGAAAAAGAAGGCUGCGAAACCCAAGCAAAAGACGGGGAAGCAGGAACGCGAGGAGCCUGAAACUAAGAGAAGACGGGUAUCAAUCGAGCCGGCAGAGCCACAGGAGAAGAGUGAUUUCGAGUCGGACAAUGACAGAACACACAGUCCAGCAAAUGUCAAGAAAGAGAACGGACCAGGUCGACCCGGGACCCGAAGCACCCCCCGUAAAGACAAGUUGCCAAGUGUAGGUAUUGGUCAGUCGCGUAACAUAUACAAAUCGCCCGCAGAACAGGAGAGUCCAAGGCGUAAGGUUGUCGUGCUUCAAGAUGGAGAUGAAGAGUCCGAGGAUGAUCUGGUGAUAUGGACACCUCCACCAUCCAAAGUUGGUAGCUCCUCGGCAUCCAAACGGAAAACAGAACCUCCUUCCGAAGACGAAGAGUCGGAGGAGGAGGAAGACGCUUAUGUUCGCGAGUUAAAAGCCAAAGCUCGGGAAAAAGCCAGACUCCAGCAACCCAGCAUCGAAAGAGACAGAUCCAAUACACCCCUCCGUGCAUCCUCAGCAGCAUCCGAACGUUCAAGACAUCUAUCGGUGGACAAACCGCUCAGCCGCCCUACUUCAUCAGACUCAGCACAAGGCUAUGGACGUGCGACACCAGCCUCGGAACAGGAAGACGAUCCCCAUGUCCGCAUCAUGAUCCGAUCUGAAAUCCCCAAUACGCAGGCGUUGAUAGUCAAACGCAAAGCAUCUCAACCUCUGAAACAAGUCAAAGAAUUUUGGUGCAAAAGGUGGCAACUGGAUGACAAGACGACACGCAAGGUCUUCUUCACCUGGAGGGGAACUAGGCUGUUCGACUCAACCACGAUGCGUGGAAUCCUGCUCAAGCUCAAGACCGAAUACAGAGAAAAGAGUGCAAGCUUAGGAUUGACCGAUGACGAAUUCGAUGAAGGUGUGGACCAGGACAAGGACCCAAGCCAUGGGAACAUCUUGAUCGAUGCCAUGACACCGGAGUUAUACGAAGAACAGCAGCGCCAGAAGGCGCGCGAACAGAGCCAAUCGCAGCGGGAGCAGGAGCAAGAAGACGAAGAGCAUACUGCGACGCCGGCGCCGGAAAGUGAUGGCUCCAUUGUCAUCAGACUCGUUGCACAAAAUCUAGAGCCGAUGCAGCUGCGUGUAAGGCCGCAUACGACGAUUGCGAAAAUCACACGUGGGUUCGUGGCAACGCGGAAAAUCGAUGAAGGAAAGACGGCGUACUUGAUUUUUGAUGGUGAGAGACUAGAUCCCGAGAAGACUGUCGAAGACAUCGAACUGGAGGAUGAGGACGAAGUCGAAGUUAGUAUACGGUAG